AUGUCCGCGCCCCCAGAAGACGACCCUCCAUCUUUGCCAGACACGCCUACUGGAGCCAAAGACGCUUUCGCCAUGGCGCGUAUCAAGUUCAUCAAAAAGCGCCCUGUCGGGCUGCCUCCUGCUUCUCCGCCUCUUACGCCAGCUGUUCCAGUCCAAACUCAGCCACAACAACGCGCGACCGGCUCGGCUGACCAAAGCGAUCUUGCUGCAGGCACUCAACGCUCUCGUCUUCCUCGUCCUACACUUGGCAGAGGCAGAUCUGCCGCGCGCAGACGCCCUGGAAGGCCACUCAAGAAUCCCGGCCUCACCAUUUCUACAUCCGCCGCCAAUACGGAGAUCGGUUCGCUGUUUGGUUUGGUACAAGGAACCCCAUUGCCAGGCGACGGCACCGACUACCGUGAUGGAAAGGCUCUCGCAGCGCUCUUCAUGAGCGUUCACGGUGUUCCGGAAGGCUAUGACCGCCUCUUGGGUCUCUCUGGCGAGGAAGCUAGCGCGCGUAAGAUCGACGUCGCGAACCUGCUGGCGACCGUCAAUGGCAAAAAUUCCGGAAAAACUCAAUACGAACUGGAUCUCGCGAAGCAUCGCCAGAGCGUCGCGGAGCUGCUCCACGAACCUCCCGUUGAUGAGAGGAACGAUUAUGGACCGACCAAGGGCAUAAAGACUGAGAAACUACUGGCGGAUCAAAUGGCUGAUUCCGACGAGGAUGAAGAUGUGGAGCCCGACAAUUCCGCCUUUCACGCCCUCCACGGCGUUCUCAAACACACGAUCAUCCACGAGCUCUGGUCUGCAGCCUACGACACCUUCGCGGAUCCGUACUACCCCGUCCAAGAGAUCCUGCGCCUGCGCCCCUCCGAAAUCAUGGCGAUCGAAGACGCCCACCGCGAGGCCCGCGAUGAUCCAUCCGUCCCCCCGCUCACGACGCCCACGCCCUACGACGUUAUCUGCGCGCUGGAGUUUCUGGCGGAGAAGAGACUGCCGAGUGGGCUGUUGGAGGACUGGGAGGCGAUCGCGAAGGAGCCGAUGGUUGAUCGGUUUUCGCCUGCUGCGAGGCCCAGGAGGUAG